AGCCACGUUAGAACGGAGGAAAGCAGUUGAGCCACAAUGGAGAUUGUUUUCUUCCCGUGACAGUCUGGUGCCUAGCAGGUGAUUAGCACAGUGAAGCUCCUCCUCUGCCUGCUACGUUGGAGAUAAACCUGGAGAACUGCACAUCAAGACAAGGACAGAAGCUGUCAAGAUGGAUACCUCAAAACUUCCUAAGAUCCAGGAUGAGGAGCGAGAAAGCCAGUUUGGAUAUGUGCAUGGGGUUUCUGGACCAGUGGUGACAGCUACUGCAAUGGCGGGAGCAGCCAUGUACGAGCUGGUCCGUGUAGGUCACAGUGAGCUGGUGGGAGAAAUCAUCCGUUUAGAGGGAGACAUGGCAACUAUCCAGGUCUACGAGGAGACUUCUGGUGUGUCCGUCGGUGAUCCUGUCCUUCGGACGGGAAAACCCCUCUCUGUUGAGCUGGGACCAGGAAUCAUGGGCUCCAUCUUUGACGGUAUCCAGCGUCCACUUAAAGACAUUAAUGACCUCACUCAAAGUAUCUAUAUUCCAAGAGGAGUAAACAUUAGUGCUCUUAACAAAGACAUCAAAUGGGAAUUCACACCCGGCCAGAGUCUUCGGGUUGGCAGUCAUGUGACAGGCGGCGAUAUCUACGGCAUGGUGUUUGAAAACUCCUUAAUAAAGCAUAAGAUGAUGCUUCCGCCUCGCAGCAGAGGCACUGUCACCUACCUUGCCCCACCUGGACACUACAACAUUUCUGAUGUGGUUAUGGAGCUGGAAUUUGAAGGCGUGAAGGAGAAGUUGACCAUGGUGCAGGUUUGGCCAGUACGACAAAUCCGCCCAGUCACAGAGAAGCUACCUGCGAAUCAUCCGCUGCUGACCGGUCAGAGAGUUCUGGACGCACUUUUUCCUUGCGUGCAGGGUGGCACCACUGCUAUACCAGGCGCCUUUGGAUGUGGAAAGACGGUGAUCUCGCAGUCGUUGUCCAAAUAUUCCAACAGUGACGUCAUUAUCUAUGUCGGCUGUGGAGAGCGUGGAAAUGAAAUGUCUGAAGUGCUGCGGGAUUUCCCUGAGCUUACGAUGGAGGUCGAUGGCAAGGUUGAGAGCAUCAUGAAGAGAACAGCACUGGUUGCUAAUACAUCUAACAUGCCUGUGGCUGCCAGAGAGGCCUCAAUUUAUACAGGGAUCACACUGUCCGAAUACUUCCGAGAUAUGGGCUACAAUGUGAGCAUGAUGGCCGACUCGACAUCUCGAUGGGCUGAAGCUCUGAGAGAAAUCUCUGGAAGAUUAGCUGAAAUGCCUGCUGACAGUGGGUAUCCUGCUUACCUGGGAGCCAGGCUUGCAUCCUUCUAUGAGCGCGCCGGACGUGUGAAGUGCCUGGGAAAUCCAGAGAGAGAAGGCAGCGUCAGCAUCGUGGGAGCUGUGUCACCCCCUGGUGGAGAUUUCUCAGACCCUGUCACUUCAGCCACAUUGGGAAUUGUUCAGGUGUUCUGGGGAUUGGACAAGAAGCUGGCUCAGAGAAAGCACUUCCCUUCUGUAAACUGGCUGAUUAGCUACAGCAAGUACACACGAGCUCUGGAUGAAUAUUAUGACAAACAUUUCCCUGAGUUUGUCCCUCUCCGUACAAAAGCCAAAGAGAUCCUGCAGGAGGAGGAGGACCUGGCUGAAAUCGUGCAGCUUGUAGGCAAGGCUUCUCUUGCUGAAUCUGAUAAGAUCACUCUAGAAGUAGCUAAGCUCAUUAAGGAUGACUUCCUGCAGCAGAACGGUUAUACCCCCUAUGACAGGUUCUGCCCUUUCUACAAAACUGUCGGCAUCCUCUCAAACAUGAUUGCUUUUUACGACAUGGCCCGGCACGCAGUGGAGUCCACAGCACAGAGUGACAACAAAAUCACCUGGGCCAUGAUCAGGGAGCACAUGGGAGACACCCUGUACAAAAUCAGCUCCAUGAAGUUCAAGGACCCUGUUAAGGAUGGCGAAGCUAAAAUCAAAGCAGAGUACGCCCAGCUGCUAGAGGACAUGCAGAACUCCUUCCGGACCUUGGAGGAAUGAGUUUCUUACCUCUCAGUUCCUCUCCUAAAUGUCCAACCCCCAGUGCAGUGCAACAUAGUGCAGAUUAAAUGGCCCAUGUUCUGAAUGUCUGCCUCAGUCAUGUGAAAUUCCUUGGUGUUUACGUCCCCUUAAACAUUCCAUGAUCUGCCGAAGUUUGCAUUUCGUUUAGUUGAUUAAUUUAAUUUUGGCUCGUCUACUUCAGAAACACAGUACUGGAAUAUCCCGAGUCCCCUGAAGAUAUGGUUUGCUCUGCAGAUGUAGCAACACCUUCACUCAGCCCGUUGCAUUGCACUUAUAGAUCACUACACCAUCAUGUUGUGGAUAAAGUCAGUGGGCCCCAAAUCAGGAGCUGCACUUGCACUUAACUAAUAGCUGCAGCAAAUAGUGGAAAGGGAUGUUUCUUCCCCCCCCCAGAUGUGACAGUGUUCAAUACAGAUUAUCAAUCAAUAAUCAGAUUAGAAAUCAAUAAUCAAAUGGCAUCAUGCACAUGGGUAAAGGGACAGAUGCUCUGUGUUACUGUAUAUCAGGGGGUUAAAGACAUUCUUCCACCUCUUACCUCUUCAGUGUGAUAGUGAUGUUGUGGACUAUAUACUUGAUAUUAUGUGUAAAAAAAAAAAAAAACAAUGUGAAUGAAUGAGUGUGUUGGUGUUGUGUUGUAAAAGAUGUCUCUCUAUUAUAUUCAUGGAACAUUAAUGUCUCCUGAAAUAAAUGUAAAGAAGUGACUAAA